AAUUGAUUUCUUGCAAUAACCAUCUUGCUUGAUCAGCGUUUAUAUCGUCGCGCAUGUUGGUGCAAUAUGAUAAAUGAACCAAGGUGCCAACAAGUGUGGCCGACGAACGUCAGUCUUGGCUGAGACAUCGAACGGAGCGAUUAUUAGUUAAUUAAUCAUUAUUUAAAUUUAAAUUAAUAAAAUUAAUUGUAAUAUUAUAUUAUAUUUUUCCUUGUGAGUUUCAUUUAUCAGGCGCAGUUGGAGCGCCUUAAUAUUUUUUUAAAAUACACCACUUAGAAAACCUUAAGUGGCGCCCGAGCAGGGACCUACUACCAUGCUCUUCAAACAACUUUAUUUCAUUGCAUUCAACCUGGUUGCUUUUGCAAGUGGUAUACAAAUCUAUCAGUACAGAACACCCCUGGUUUCGUUAAAACAAGGUAAUGGAUGGAUUAUUGACGGCCACUUCAAACUGAUACACGUCAUCGAUUUGCAGAAGUAUAUAGAAAUGACGGCCGAUAUAUCAUCCACCGUUCAAAAGCACAUCCCGCCAAGUAGAAACAAGGAAUUCAUAUUGCAUCACAUGUUGCAGAUACAAGAGCGCCUGAGCGAACUAACUAAUGAAAAACGAAGAACAUGUAAAUCAAUUGAUUGGAUUGGUUCUGCCUGGAAAUGGGUGGCUGGAAACCCUGAUGCGACAGAUUGGAAUACCAUACUUAAGAGCCAAGAAAGUAUCAUCGCAAAUAAUAAUGAGCAGUAUAAAAUAAACAAAGAGCUUCAUCAGACAAUGAAUCAAGCUGUAGAAAAGAUUAAUGAGCUAAUCGUGAGACUAAACAAUAUAACUAGCGGUAAAGACCUUGCCUUUGUUGAGCAAAGUACCAUCAAUGAGAUAAUUAUUUUGAAAGAUGAGAUAAAUGAAAUUGUCAGAGCGUGCCAGAUGGCCAAAAGUGGGAUAAUAAACACCAACUUAUUAGAUCAAGCUGAAAUAAACAGAAUAAUUGACGAGUUGGAAACGCUACCUUAUAGUAAUGCAAUAGAAGCAGUGGAACAUGGAAUGCCUUCCGUCUACACGAACGGUUCACUCCUAUUAUAUAUCCUUUCAAUACCAAAACUUGGGGAAAACGUAUAUAACUUACUCCUAACAAGAGCUACUAUUAAUGAAGGAAGGCAAAUCGAUCUACAGUUCAACAAAAUCCUAAUAAAUGCAGCUGAAAUCUAUGGUAUUAUUGAUAACUGUCUCUCAAUUAACAACUCCACGGUAUGCAAAGGAUCAUCUGUAACUAGACUGAAGGAGGACGAUUGCCUUAAUCGGAUCCUAAGGGGUGGAGCAGCAAAAUGUAGAUACAGACUUACUCUAGAAGAGAUUUUUGAGGUGUUGGACGAGGAUGUAACAAAUUUCAAAGGUCUAUAUUUUGAAAAACCUUUCAAUCUAACAACGGAUGCAUCUAAUACUGCAUUAGGUGCCGUAUUGUCUCAGGGUGAAAUUGGGAAGGAUAGGCCCAUAGCAUAUAUUUCUCGGUCACUCAACAAAACCGAGGAAAACUAUGCUACUAAUGAAAAGGAGAUGUUGGCCAUUGUAUGGGCUUUAGACAAUCUCAGAAAUUACUUCUAUGCAAGUGAGGGAAUGGAUGUAGGUUCCGAUGACACUCUAACUGCAUCAGAGGGCCGAGAUGAUGACGAACUUUCAUCAGGGGCAACAGUUCAUAGUGCUGAGCGUGACGCUUCGGACUUAAUACCACAUGUAGAAGUACCUAUUAAUGUUUUCAAAAAUCAAAUUAUUAUAAAAAUUGGAAUAGAUAUGUUAGCAGUUGAGGAGCCACAUCGUGAAUAUACAAGACACUUUAUAUCCUCAAAAGAGUGGUCCGAAGAGGCACUUAUUGCCAUACUAAAAGAAAAACUUAGACCUAAUAUUAUAAACGGCAUUAAAAUACCUGAAAGUCUUCUUGGGAUUAUGCAAGAAAUUUAUAUUGAUCAUUUUUCUAGAUAUAAGAUUAGAAUUACACAAAAACUGGUUACUGACAUUACUUCAAAGGAGCGUCAAUUUGAAAUAAUCGAAGCCGAACACAGAAGAGCAAUUCCAUCGCAAUUCCAAAGAAAAUAG